AGUUCAUCUUCAUGACCCAAACAGAGAGCGCGCUGCAGGAUGAUCUGUUUUACUGACUGUUUCUACAUGGAGGAUCCAUCAUAUCCGAGCUGAUGAGGACAGAGGUUAGAGAUCAUGAUCCACCACCACAUUGCAGAUUUUCUCUCCAGACACACAGAGGAUGUCAGGAUUUAACUUCUCUCUGUUUUUAACGUUUGUUUUUGUGAUUUGUUCGACGGUUCAGGUUAAAGCAGAAACUGAGAUCUUCUGCAUUUUCAUGCAGCGCUGCAUUUUACCGUGCAGCUUCCAAGGCAGCUCUGAUGUGUUCAUCCACUGGUUUCAGAAAAAAACUGGAUCACUUCAUGUCCACUCAUACUAUAAUAAUAUGGACCAACUUGGUCUCCAGAACCAGAACUUUAAGAACCGAACAUCCCUGUUCCAGGAUCAGCUGUCCAAAGGAAACGCCUCCCUGCUGCUGACUGGAGUGAAGGUCGAAGAUCAGAACAUAUACCGCUGUUACUGCAGCACCAUCAGCAGAAACAAGGAGACAUUUCUUCAGCUCAUUGUGGACGCUCCAGUCUCUGACAUCAGAAUCCAUCAGGAUGGAAACAGGAUCACCUGCAGCUCAGAGGGGAUCUACCCUCAACCUGAACUCACCUGGUCCACUGAGCCUCCAUCCAACACGACUCUGCAGAACAGAACCACAGUCCAUCAGACUGAGGAGAAGCUUUAUGACAUCAGCAGCUCUCUGACGGGUCCAGACGGUUCUGAUCGGAUCUACAGCUGCACCAUCAGAACCAGGAGGAACCAGAGGAGAGCAACGUUCAGGAAACUAUAUUUGUGUUGCAUAGAAGCUGAAUGUGUUUCGGGCGGCGUUUCAACGAUCCCCUGCUGGGCUCCAGUCUCUUCCCUCCAGAACUUCUCUCUCACCUGGAGGUUCAACCACAGCCAGGCCGUCGCCACCCUGGCAGCCGGCUCCGCCUUCACAGCUUCAGACGGGUGGAGGAAGCGGGUGGAGGGCGUCUCCGAGUCCGGCAGCCUCACGCUGAGCGGCUUGUCCUCCAGUCAGGACGGAGUUUACAGCUGUGAGCUCAGCGAUGAAGAGCAGACGCUCAUCACCGACGUCCUGCUGACGACGCGCGAAGGAGGUCACAGCAGAGUCGCAGUAAUCGUCUUCUGUGUGCUGACAAUCAUCAUAUUAGCUGCGCUGCUCAUAGCCUCCCUGAUGGUCUAUAAGAAGAAACAACUAGAAUCUCGAGAACCUGGAGAACGUCCAGAACAUCCAGAACCUGGAGAACGUCCAGAAUCUGGAGAGCAUCCAGAACCUGGAGAACGUCCAGAACCUCCAGAACCUGGAGAACGUCCAGAACCUGGAGAACGUCCAGAACCUGGAGAGCAUCCAGAACCUGGAGAACGUCCAGAAUGUACAGAACCUGGAGAGCAUCCAGAACCUGGAGAACGUCCAGAACCUGGAGAAUGUCCAGAACCUGGAGAAUGUCCAGAAUCUGGAGAACGUCCAGGUUCUGGAGAACGUCCAGAACCUCCAAAACCUCCAGACUGAGUAAGAGACGCUGCGACCCGCCUGCAGGUGGGGUGAGGCUCACGCUGCAGUUUAAAAGCAAAGUGUCUCCAUCUGCAGACUGAACAUCACGACCUCCACCAAGAAGAAGCUUCUCUGCAGAACUGCUUCGUUAAACUGAACUAAACCGCCUUAAACAAGAGAGCUGCAACUAAAAAAUGAGCAACACAAGAAAAUGUUUCCCUGACUCAAAGGUCACCAGGAUUUUUAUUACAGCUCAUAAUUUUGACUAAAUUACA